AAUGGCGGAGAAUCAGAUGAAUGAAGACAUUCUUUCAGUAAAACCAGUGAAACCAAAGAUCCUCCUUGCUGCUUCUGGAAGUGUUGCGGCAAUUAAGUUUGAAGCUCUAUGCUACUCUUUUACGCAAUGGGCUGAAGUUAAAGCUGUUGCCACCAAAUCAUCUUUACACUUUAUAGAUAAAGCUUCAUUUCCAAAGGAUGUUGUACUUUACACGGAUGAUGAUGAAUGGUCCUCUUGGAAGAUGCUAAGUGAUGAAGUGUUGCACAUUGAGCUACGAAAAUGGGCAGAUGCAAUGGUUAUUGCGCCAUUGUCAGCAAAUACUCUCGCCAAGAUUGCUGGAGGAUUGUGCGACAACCUGCUGACAUGCAUUGUAAGAGCAUGGGACUACAGCAAACCGGUGUACAUUGCACCUGCCAUGAAUACUUUUAUGUGGAACAAUCCUUUUACAAAGAGUCAUCUUCAUUCAAUUUGUCAGCUUGGGAUGACCAUAAUCCCCCCUAUCACAAAGAGAUUGGCUUGUGGAGAUUAUGGAAACGGCGCCAUGGCUGAGCCUUCUACCAUCUAUGCUGCAGUGGUGCUUUCCUUCACAAAAGGUAAGGUUGUAAAUGAAUCUAGUCAAGUUGAGUAGUAUGUUGCUCAAAUUUGAAUAUGACCAAGUUUUCAAAUCUUGUUGUAGUUAAAUUUUUAGUUUUCUUAUCAAGUUUGAACUA